UCCGAGACAAUGAAGGGAAAGGAUUUUGAAAAGCCUGUAACAACUGAAACUGUGAGGACUUGUCAGCCACUCCAGUGAGAGAACAUGGCUUCUAAACAAUCGGAGGAACCAUGCGGGGAUAUGAGCUCUGAGCACCAGCGUGGUGGAUUUCUGGUGAGGUUCAGGGAAUUCAAACCAAAGGAGGUUCUCACCCGGCAGCUCGCCAAGACGCUGGCCAUGGGUCAGGGUCUAGCUGGGCUCAUCUGUGGUACCGCAGUCACCUCUCAGUACCUGGCCACAGAGUUCCACCUGAACACGCCGAUGCUGCAGAGCUUCCUGAACUACAUGCUACUGUGUAUCACCUACACUAUCAUGCUAUUCUGCAGGAGAGGGGAUGGAAAUAUCUUGCAGAUUCUUAAGAGAAGAUGGUGGAAGUAUUUGCUGCUAGCUCUGGUGGAUGUGGAGGCUAACUACACUGUGGUCAAAGCCUAUCAGUACACCACUCUCACCAGUGUGCAGUUGCUGGACUGCUUUGUGAUCCCGGUCCUGAUGGUUCUGUCCUGGUGGAUCCUGAAGACCCGUUACAGACUGAUCCACUAUGUGGCAGUCAGCAUCUGUCUGCUGGGAGUGGGGGCCAUGGUGGGGGCUGACCUGCUGGCGAGAAGAGAUCAGGGCUCUCCCUCCAACAUCUUAUUAGGUGACGGCUUGGUGCUGCUCAGUGCUGCUCUGUACGGUGUGUCUAACGUGUCUCAGGAGUACACGGUGAAGAAUCUGAGCAGAGUGGAGUUCCUGGGAAUGAUUGGCCUGUUUGGGAGCAUCAUUAGCACCGUCCAGAUGGUGAUCCUUGAGCGUAAUGAAGUCUCUGCCAUCGUCUGGAGCUGGCAAGUCGGGCUCCUGUUCUCUGCAUAUGCUUUUUGCAUGUAUGCUUUGUACAGCUUCAUGCCCAUAGUGAUGAAGCUGAGCAGCGCCACCUCCGUCAACCUCUCGCUGCUCACCGCUGACCUCUUCAGCCUCUUCUUAGGAAUCUUCCUCUUCCAGUACAGCUUCUCUGGACUCUAUCUGGUCUCCCUUGUGGUCAUCCUCGUUGGCUUCAUCACCUUCAACGCUGUGCCGACACCCACCAUUCCCACAGCCACCAGCAUUUCUUCUUCUUCCUCCUCAAACUGUGAGGAAGGCUUCUAUGAGAAUCCUGGGGCAACUGAGAAUGACGUUACCAGUGAGGAUGCACCCGUUGAGAUCCCCAUUGAGGUAGAGGAGGAGGAUGAAGAACAGCAAGCGGAUAAAACUACAAGGAGGGCUUCUGAUUUAUCACGGAGACUUGGAGAGGAAACUGAUGAAGAUCGUAUUGUUGAAUGCAGCACUCAAAUGUAAACAGCUCAAGCGUUAAAAUAUUAACAUUUAUUUAUUGAGUUGUUACUGUACAAUGGUGCACAUGUAGAAAUAUUGCAGAAAUGCUGUGCCAAUGGAAAUAAACACGAGGAAUUUUUAUUACUA